UGUACACACGUGUUGAAUCUCUCGCACUGUGAAACUAACCUAUCACUGUAAAUAAUUUGACAGGAUAUUUCAGAUAAAUCGAGAGAGUAAAAAGUAAAAAAAUGGUAAGGAAAAAGAUAGACAACCGUAUAAGAACUAUCAUCGAGGAUGGAGUCAGCUGUGGGCACAGGACAAUGUUUGUUAUUAUUGGCGACAAAGCAAAAGACCAAGUGAUGUUUCUCCACAAUAUUUUAUUGAGAUCGACAGUCAAGGCACAGCCAUCAAUACUAUGGUGCUACGACAAGAAUCUUGGCUUUUCUAGUCACAGGAAGAAGAAGAUGAAGGCUAUAAAGAAAAAGGCCACUGCUGGUAAACUCAAUGUCAAGGAAGAGGAUCCCUUUGAAGUAUUUGCCUUGUCAUCAAAAAUACGAUAUUGUUAUUAUAAAGAAACCCACAAGAUCUUGGGUAAUACCUACGACAUGUGUAUAAUACAAGAUUUCGAAUUUGUCACUCCAAACUUAUUGGCCAGGACCAUAGAAACUGUACGCGGCGGUGGAGUCGUUGUGUUUCUUCUGCAGAGCGUCAAAUCUUUAAAACAGUUGUACACUAUGAACAUGGACGUUCAUCAAAGGUUCAGGACGGAAGCUCAUAAGGAUGUGGUUUGUCGGUUCAACGAGAGAUUUUUAUUGUCACUGGCUAAUUGUAAGCGUUGUUUAGUUAUUGACGACCAGCUUCAAGUGUUGCCAAUUUCAUCACAAAAUCUGAAUAUCGAAGUCACUCCAAAAGCAACGGAAGAAUCAUCAGAAUUAGAUUUAAUGAAGAAAAGUUUGGAGGACACUCAGCCCGUUGGUUCUAUUGUCAACUGUUGCAAGACUGUUGAUCAGGCUAAGGCACUGCUCAAGUUCAUCGAAGCUAUUUCUGAAAAGACUUUGAGAUCGACUAUUUCACUGACAGCUGCCAGGGGUCGUGGUAAGUCAGCAGCCUUGGGGCUCGCGAUCGCUGGAGCAAUUGCCUUUGGUUAUUCCAAUAUCUACAUUACUAGUCCCAGUCCCGAAAACUUGAAAACUCUAUUUGAGUUUGUUGCUAAAGGAUUCGACGCACUAAAUUACCAAGAACACGUUGACUACGAAUUCUUCCAGUCGACCAAUCCGGAAUUUAAUCAAGCAACCAUCAGAGCAAAUGUAUUCAGGGAUCAUAGACAGACGAUUCAAUACAUUCAUCCUGCAGAUGCCAAAGGUAAACUCAAUUUGGCCGAAUUGCUUGUCAUUGACGAGGCUGCAGCCAUUCCAUUACCUUACGUCAAAGCUAUGCUCGGGCCCUACUUAACUUUCAUGGCAUCCACUAUCAAUGGUUAUGAAGGCACAGGACGUUCUCUUACUCUCAAGUUGUUGCAGCAGCUAAGAGCUCAGACAGUGCAAGGAAACUCGGCAAGUAAGCAGAACAAGGACUUGGAGGCUAAGGCUAUCAUUGGAAGGAAUCUGCAAGAGCUUACUUUGGAUGAACCAAUAAGAUAUAAUCUUGGAGACAGUGUUGAAAAGUGGCUGUGCGAUCUCCUGUGCCUCGAUGCCACCAUUGGUGUCACUUCCAUAUCAUCAGGCUGCCCUCCACCAGAGGAAUGCCAGCUUUACUACAUCAAUAGAGACACACUUUUUUCUUACCACAAAGCUUCUGAACUAUUUUUGCAAAGGCUGAUGGCCCUUUGCGUUUCUUCUCACUACAAAAAUACCCCCAAUGAUCUGCAGAUGAUGUCCGACGCACCUGCUCACCAUUUAUUCUGUUUAUUGGGACCAAUAGAUCCCAAUCGCAAUUCAUUACCAGAGAUCUUGGUUGUCGUGCAGUUAUGUCUCGAGGGGCAGAUUUCAAAAUCAACCGUAAAUAAUGGUCUAAGGCGAGGCAAGAGAGCGGCGGGCGAUCUGAUUCCGUGGACCAUCGCUCAACAAUUCGUUGAUAAAAAUUUUCCGUUGUUGAGUGGUGCUCGUAUUGUUCGUAUUGCGACACACCCUGAUUAUCAAGGUAUGGGCUACGGUAGCCGGGCCUUGGCUCUACUGAGGAGAUACUACCAGGGUUGCAUACCAAGUUUAGAAACAGAUGACAAUGAGGAAGACAAGACCUCCAUUGCUCAGAUAUCGGAAGAUACGGAAAUCGAUUUGUUGGAGGAGACGAUCGAGCCUAAGCAGAACCUGCCACCUCUAUUGCUCAAACUGUCCGAGAGGCGUCCAGAGCAUUUGGAUUAUCUUGGGGUAUCAUUUGGAAUUACAGAAUCCCUUAUCAAGUUCUGGAAACGUGCUAAAUUUGUGCCUGUUUAUCUAAGACAAACUACCAAUGAAAUAACUGGGGAACAUUCCUGUAUCAUGCUGUCCAACUUGCAAGACGAAUCUGCGGAUUGGCUGGUGAACUAUUGGAAAGAUUUCCGACAACGGUUUAUUCGUCUGCUUUCCUCAGCAUUCAAGGACUACCCGCCUGCACUUUCACUUUCAAUUUUGAUAAAUAAUAACAUCGCUUUACCUAAAACAACAAUUGAAAAAGAAAAACUGGACGAGUAUUUGAAAUCUGAAGAUUUGGAAAGGCUUGAAAUGUAUGGCAACAAUCAAACUGACUACCAUUUUAUAUUUGACCUGAUACCUCCGCUUGCGCAACUUUACUUCAAAAAUCUAAUGGGUAACAUGCAUUUUUCUCCUGUACAAUGUGCUAUUUUACUGUCUAUGGGUCUUCAGCACAAAGGAGCUGACCAAGUUCUUGAUGAAUUGAACAAAACUACGUCAAAUGAUGCCUCUUCGUUGGCAAAAUCACAAAUUCUGGGACUUUUUAAUAGAAUAGCAUCCAAGGCCACGAAAUAUUUUAUGGAAGUUAUCACGAAAAAAAUCGAAACUGAAAUGAAUAUAACAGAAAACACCGAAGCAGAAAAUCUUAAGGUGAAUGUGGAAAACGGGGAAGCUGUAGAGUUAGAACUGGAGGCUGCAGCUAAAAAGUUACAAGAAAAAUCAAAGCAGGAACGUAAGAUGCUUGAAAAGUCUGUGCUUGCUCAGUACGCCAUCAAAGGCAAUGAAGAAGAGUGGGAAAAAGUUCUGAAAACUGGUAAAAAUAAGAAUUUGCUAACAGUUAAAAGUGGAGAAAAACGAAAAUCAGCUGACGACGUAAAUCAAACCCUACAAGAAACGACAUUUACUGACAAACAAAAAAAGGGAAAAAAGAAGAAGAAACACAGCAUAUAAUUUUUAUGGAAUAUUAUUUCACGAAAUGUAAAAUGAUGCAUGGACUAUCAUUUUUUUAUGUUGAAGAACGACAAUAUCACGUCUUGUAAAU